GACGCGAACAGCCGCGGGAUCGACUCGCUCUCGCGAGAACAGCCGCGGGAUCUGCCCGGCGCACACAGGCGCGAUGGCGGACCGGCUAACGCAACUACAAGACGCUGUUAAUUCGCUCGCAGAUCAGUUUUGUAACGCAAUCGGUGUUCUGCAACAAUGUGCGCCUCCUGCAUCCUUCAGCAACAUCCAGACGGCUAUCAACAAGGACCAGCCCGCAAACCCCACGGAAGAGUAUGCCCAGCUGUUUGCAGCUCUCAUAGCCAGAACAGCCAAAGAUGUGGAUGUGCUGAUUGACUCUCUGCCCAGUGAGGAGUCCACAGCAGCUCUGCAGGCGGCCAGCCUGCGGCAGCUGGAGGAGGAGAACCACGACGCAGCGGCUCGUCUGGAGGAGGUGGUCUAUCGGGGGGACAUGCUGCUGGAGAAGAUCCAGAACGCCCUGGCCGACAUCGCUCAGUCUCAGCUGCGCACUCGCAAUGGAGCACCCAGUCUGCCGUCACCGGCCGACUCCUGACCCACGGCAAAAAGCGCCACAUUUUGGACAAUUUUCACUAAUUUCUUUCAGUUUUGACUCUUUCUUCUUUUUUUUUUUUCCUCCACCAAAAAUAGACCUCCAAACUCUCAAACACAGUGUUGUCUGGGUGAAAAACUUUAGCUGAUACAAAUUAAAUCAUGUAAUGGGGCUGGAUUUGUACCCCCCACACACAAAAAGAAAACGAGUAUUUACUUGUUUCCUUAAGGUAGGUUGUCAUUAAGAUGUAGAUAAAAAUCAAUUUUUUUCUUUUUCAGUCCAAGUUAAAAAGAAAGGAACACAACAUCAUCAUGUAUACGUCACUUUUGUUUGUGAUAUUUUUCUUGACAAAGAUCUUCAAAAGUUCCUCUUCAUCUUUGAACUGUCAAGUUUUGUAAAGUUUAUUUUGUAUAUUAUCAAUGAUAUAUUCACGUGUUCUUUUUUUGUUUAUAUAUUGUAAAGCACUGCUCCCCCUUAAGUCUGUUUGUUGAAGGUUACCGGUACAUAACUUCUUGUGAACCCGUGAAUACAUUUUUAAAUAAACAUCAGCCCAACACAGAUUUGAUUAGUUUGAACUUGUAUAUUCUCAUGAAUUGUUAAUUUUAAAGAAUUAUUAUGUUACAUCUCAUUAAUAAAUGACGGAUGUUUACAAGUG